GUCAGAUGGGUUCCCUUCUGCGACACCAUCCGUCAUGAGUUCCUGGAUGAACGAGGCCGCUGCCGUCCAAAACCACAAUGGCAACGGCUUCCCACACAUGAACGACCCGAACAAUAUGGGAGGAGGGAUGGCCGGAGCGUCGGUGGGCAUGAUGGACCCCUUCAUGGCCGGCGCUGCCCAAUUCAGUCCUGUUGGCGCCGGCCAGUUCAAUCAUCAGCAGAUGGCCGCUGCUAUGCAGAAUGGCCCGAUGCGCAAUGCCUCGCCCUCCUUCUCGAAUUCUGCCUACCAAACCAACCCAGUCAUCCCCUCAAAGCGACCCCGUCCCCGAGAAGAUAGUAUUGGCGCGUCGCCGCGACAGAAUCCCGGCAUGCUACCGACGUCGCGAGCUGACACGCCUCAGCAGUCGCCUUUCCCCGGCUUCCAGCCGAACGCGAUGCAGCCGCAGAAUCCCGCUCAACCACAACAUUAUCCCCAUCUACAGCCCAAUGGCUCCGCGAACGCGUCGCCAUCCCCCGUGAUGGCUGGCAAUCAGCUGCGUCCGGGAAGCGUGCCGCAACGCGUCAAUACCGCGUCUCCUCAUCCUUUCUCCCCCGCGUCCCAGCAGUUUGGCCCGCAAGCCUCGCCCGUGCCUUCAGAUCACGGCAACACGCCCCAGCCGGGCAUGUUUAUGCCCCCCCAGGGCUUCCCUCAAGGCUUCAAUCCGAAUUAUCAACCCGCUCAGUCUCCUGCCAGGCCGCCGUCGGCGCAGAAUCCGAUGGCGCAAUCCAUGAUGCCCCAACCGAUGGGCCAGUCGAUGGGUCAGCCGAUGGGGCAACCGAUGGGCCAGAUGCCACAGCAAAUCGCCCAGCAGAUGCCGCAUAUGCAACAAAUGACCCAGAUGCACCCGGGCCAGAUGCUCACUCCUCACCAGAUACACCACAUGCAACAGAUGCAGGCGGCGCAAGCGGCGCAGGGCCGCGGCGCGAUGGAUCAGCAGCACAAGAUGCUGUAUCAGAUGCGUCUGCAGCAGCAAUUCCCGCAAGGCGCCAUGUCGAUGGGCGCGCAACUACCGCCUCAGAAUAUGGCCCAAAACCGCGGCAUGAUGCCUAAACAGGCGAUGUCGAUGCAGAACGGGCAGAUCGCCCCCGGUACCAUCCAUCCCCAGCAACAAGUUCAGAUGUCGCGAUCUACCAACCCCGAAAGCUUUCUCAAAAACCUCGCAACGUUCAUGAACAUGCGACAGCUCCCCCUCGAUACCAACCCCGUCGUUGACGGCCGCCCGCUGCACCUACUUCACCUCUUCCAAAAUGUCUCCAAGUUUGGUGGUUAUCGGAAUGUGUCGACGCACAACCUUUGGAUGUCAGUCACUGCGUCUGUCGGGUUUAACCCUCAGCAGAUGCCAACGGCGGCCACGCAAGUGAGGGCAAUCUACGAACGAAAUCUGCUAAAAUUCGAGGAGGCCUGGGCGAUGCAGCAGCGAAACCAGCAAAUCAAGCAGCAGCAAACAGGCCCCCCGACGGGUGCGCCCGCAGGACCAGGUCAAGGUGUACCGCAAAGGAUGGGCCAGCUACCGCCUGGCCAACACGGCCAGCCUGGGCAGGUCCAUCAUAUGCCCCAGCCGCAUACGCCGACCCCCAUAAAGCAGAUGGCGCCGGCGAUGUCCCAGGUGAACGGGUAUUCGACACCACCGAAGCCCCGGGUCAAUCCGCACCAAGCGAACGCGGCCCAAGGGCACCCCAGAGGCGCUGCGUCUAGGAGUAUCGACGCCAGGCCGGCAGUAGGCGAGUUUCCUACACCGUCACCGGCGCCUGCCGUCAAAGCUAGCAAUAUUUCAGUACAGCCCCCGCACCAGCAGGCAGACGGUGCACCUACUAAUGGAAUCGCUAACCUUCCCUUCCCGGGCCCGUUCUCGUCUGACCCCGAUGAGUACAUACCAUGCUCCCGAGAAAUGCUCUCUGGAUUUUAUGGUGGCUUCGACCUAGAGUCGAUACGCAAGCUAGGCAAUGAUUUGGAGAGGUGGAGGCCGGACGUACCGCAAAACCACGAGCUCGGCGAUAUCGACAUCCAUGCUCUCACGAAAAGCCUGCAGUCUGGCAUACACGGCGAGGUGCGGCUGGCUCUAGACACUCUCGGGACCAUAUCGCGCGCGUCAGAGUUCACUGCGAACUUGACCAUCGAUUUGAGAAUGUGCGAUGACCUUGUCGAGUCGCUCGUAGACUGCGCCGAAGAGCAGGUGGACCUGCUCGCCGAACGCGCGGACCCGAUCUCGGAUGAGAUAGACCUGACUUCGUACGAGGAUGUCAUGCGGAGCUGCCGUCUCGAGUCGAUCGGUCUCCGGAAGGCGCACGUUUUGGGAGACGCCGAAUACGAUCUCGAACAUGCCGCAGAUCGUCUGCUCGCGAUCACGACGAUAUUGCGUAAUUCCUCUUUCGCAGAGGUCAAUCAGCCGGUCCUCGCCGACGAAACAGUCAUCAAGUUCCUGUGCAGUACGAUACGGUCUCUGGGCACCCACGAGAAUCUGUUGCGAGCGCCCGGGAACACCCUCGACUUCAUGAAAGACGUCAUCAUUUUGUUAUCCAAUAUUGCUGGUUGCAUAGAGAUACCCGGACGUGAACAAGCGUUCUGUCUCCUCCACUUCCUCCUAGCUUUUGCUCCUUCGCCGGCCCCGACGUUGACGACCGAUCGAGUCGUUUUCUCUCCAUUCGAGCCUCCCAUUCACCCCUAUCUACCUCACGCAGUCGAUGCUCUAGCCAAGCUUCUAGCGCGGGACGAGCCUAACAGGACCUACUACAAGGCUAUCUUUGCUGCCGACGCCGCCUCCUCACCACCAUACGAGCUCCUUACACGGACUUUUGGUCUAGCGAUUUCCCCGAUCCCAGACCAGAACAAGGAGAGCCGUCCGGCAAAUCUACCUUCUUUCGUCGAAGCGCGCAAGGCGAUGCUCAUGCAAGGCCUUCUCUCCGCUGAUAUCAUCGCCCAGCUCGCCCCGGGUUUCGAGACGGGAGUGACGCGGGCGUGGCUGUCUUCGAGCGAGGGGUUCGCCCAGAAUCUCUUCAAACUCAUCCGUACGCUCUGCACCCAGGCGGAACCGGCAUCCCGCAUCGGGGGCGGUAACGCUAGGACGCAGCCGCGCGAGGACGUGGACGUUCUGUACGUAAUCACUUGCGGCGUCUCGACGCUGAAGAGACUCAGCGAGAAAGCGAGAGACCCGAAUAACCCGACCAGCAUUCCGCCGAACGCCUUGCCAACGCGCGAAAGCCUCUUCGGUGCUCUGUUAAGUCUGAAGAGUCCCAAGUGGACGUUAUUACUGAAUCAGCUGAGCACCUACGCCGGACUAGAAAGUUAAGGUGCCCCGUCGAGGGGUAUACCGGGCCGUAAUGCAAUCGUAAUGUUCCAAUCACCAUCAGCGAUGGCAGCCGUGAGAGGCUGCUCAGGAAAGUCGGAGAAUCAAACCACCCCCCCAACGGCGAUACAGGCGAUACAGGCGAAAACGGCGAGGGUGAUGCCAACGAUCACGGUCAUCAUACGGAGGGAGUACUCUCAGGUGGUGUUGGGGACUCGGCUCUGGCCCCCC